CUCGCAUAGCCCUCGAUCAGAACCCUAACUAUCCUCCUAUUCUCUCUUUACCCGAUCGCAAAUCUUCUUGUAGCUCUCGAUCUCUCCAAUUUCCUCGUUCGCUUUCUCGGGAAAAUCCAAGUCCAAAAUCACACGCUAUGGGUUCGAAAUCAAGGAGCGAUCAUCCACACUCUGGCGAUGGCGCUAGUCCCGGAAAGAUUUUUAUUGGUGGAUUGCACAAAGAAACGAGCUUUGGGACGUUUAGGAACCACUUUGAAAAAUAUGGAGAAAUAACAGACGCAGUGAUAAUGAGAGACCGGUACACUAAUCAGCCAAGGGGGUUUGGCUUCGUCACCUAUGCUGAUCCUUCAGUAGUUGACAAGGUCAUUGAAGACACCCAUAUCAUCAAUGGGAAACAGGUUGAGAUUAAGAGGACUAUUCCGAAAGGCCAAGGGCAGGCAAAGGAUUUUAAAACAAAGAAGAUAUUUGUUGGUGGAAUUCCAUCAUCAGUCAGUGAAGAUGAGUUCCAGAAUUUCUUCUCCAAGUAUGGGAAAGUGGUGGAACACCAGAUCAUACGUGAUCAUGAAACCAACCGUUCUCGAGGCUUUGGAUUCAUAAUUUUUGAUAGUGAUGACGUUGUAGAUGAAAUAUUAUCAAAUGGAAAUAUGAUUGAUAUGGCGGGUACCCAGGUGGAGAUCAAGAAAGCUGAACCAAAGAAAGCCUCAAACCCACCACCUGCUCCUGCAUAUGGUAGCAACUCUAGGUCUCGUUCUUUCAAUGAUGGCUACGGUGGUUUUGGCAGUUCUUAUGGAGGUUUUGAUGGAGGGUUUGGUCCUGGUCCCUAUAGGACACCAGGAGGUAUUGGCAGUAGGCUUGGUGGUGGAUAUGGUUAUGGUGGUGGUGGUGGUAGUGGCGAAUUUGGUGGUGGAUAUGGGGGUUUUGGAGCUGGUAGCUUAGGCGGCUACCGAAGUGAAUCUUCCCUUGGUUAUUCUAGUCGCUUUGGACCCUAUGGUGGCGGUUUUGGUGGCAGUUAUGGAAGUGGUUUAGGUGGAUAUGGUCGAGGUGGCGAAGGCUAUGGAAGUUAUGGAACUUCAGGCUAUGGUGCUGGUUAUGAAUCUGGGCCUGGUCCUAGUUAUGGUGGAGCAGGUGGGCUGUAUGGAAGGGGAGGCUAUAGUGGCACUAGUCGGUACCAUCCCUAUGCAAGGUAGAAUUGAAAGACAGUAGUAUCUUCCUUGUGGGAGGUAGAAAUGAAGGUUUUCGAUGAAGUUGCUUAAGCUUUGCCCUAGAAGUACACGCAGGCUCCUCUAGUUUUGUUUCUCGUGCAUUGAUAGGCACUUUCUCACAACUACUAGAGGUCUCCUUUUACUGCUAGAGGGAAAGCUUUAAAAGAUCAGAAGAGAUUUACUAAGACUUUGUUCUAUUGUAUGUGGUUUAGACAAACUUAUAGAUUGCUUCAGACUUAGUCCUUGAUGUCUACUAUUGCAGUCAUUUUUAGUUAAUUUCAUUUAGCCUGUUAUGUAGACUAUUAGACUAUAGCCAUCUUAUGUGGUGUUAUUUAUAAUCUACUUUAGUUUGAUCUA